AUUCGCAGCAGAGAAGACAGUCAGGAACAUCCUGAGGUAAAUCUCAAACGGCACCCAGAAGGAAAAGGCGGGAAAAAGGGAAACGCCCCCUUUCCACCCACAGCAACCAAUCAGAGCGCAGAUCCCCUCAGCCACAACAGGGUCUUUGAGACCAUUGUGCAUUUAACCUUCUUCAGCCAUUAAAUUGAAUAUCUUCACAUUUAAAGUGUUCAAAGGAAACAGACGUAAAACGACUUUGCUUUUGUCCAUUAGAUGGAAUUGUCAGGUUGGAAUAAUUGUUUUUUUUCCUUGCACUGUGCUAAAAAGAAGUCAAUGUCUUUCUUUCCUUUUUUUCUUGUACCUCAAACUUCCUUUUCCCCUCUUUUUCUCCUUUCCUUAAUUUCCUAUUUCUAUUUUUCUUUGUGUUUUGUAUAAUAAAUAAGAUCUGGAGACUCUAGAAAGAGUGCAGAGAAAAGCAACAAAGAUGGAGGCAAAAACAUAUUUAAAAAACUUGGUUCCUGGAACUGGGUAUUUUCUAGUCUGACGAAAAGAAGGAGGGCAGACAUGAUGGCACCUUCUGAUAUCUCAGCGGCUGCCAGAAAGAAUAUUUAUUUUUUCUCUUCUCUUCUCUUCUCUUCUCUUCUCUUCUCUUCUCUUCUCUUCUCUUCUCUUCUCUUCCCUUCCCUUCCCUUCCCUUCCCUUCCAUUCCAUUCCAUUCCAUAAAUAAGAAGCAGGCCGAAUGAAAGAGGUGGAGGUGGAGUUCCAUUAUAUGUAUAUAAGAAAUAAUCAACAGCUCUAGAAACGCAACAGAAGAAAGAGGAAAACCUCCUUCCAUGCAUUUGGGUUCAUAUAAAAGGGGGAAAAGAAGCACAGACAUCGAAGCCUUUGUCUGACAGGGAGCCAUUGGGAGGGGCCUUUCCUCCUACUCCCAAGCCCAUCCUCCCCGCCCUCUCCCUUCCCCCUCCCAUUCACUGCUCUUUCCCGCCCUUUCUACGAUCCUGGCACUUUGCACCAAAUCCACCAGGGGGCGCCCUCUGCCAAGAGAAGGUGACUCCAGGCACUUCCCCAUUGGUCCACUGGAGCCUUGCCUCUCUAGGACUUACGGAGAGGCUCCGGGUGAGCCUAGCGUUUCUUUUUCUUCCCUUCUCAGAUACAGAAGCUGGAAGCCAUUUGUAGUCUUUGCAAGGCAAACUUUCCUCUUGGGGGAAGAAGAAGAAAAAGAGCGGAAUCCCUUGCAGGGAUCAGUCCUGCAGCCCCAGAAAUGGUCCCCUGAAGGAAAAGGCACCUGGAGACCCACCAGAGUCCUUGGAGCCAUUUGGAGUUGCUCUGCAGGACAGAGAAAGGAUGGAGACACAACCUUUUGCAAAGGAGGGAGCCGGAAAAGGCCCUUCAGCUGCUCAGCCUGGGAAGGGGGCGAAGCUCUGGACAAGAACCGGGCAGGAGAUCCUGGAGGAGGAAACCAUCCUCCCUUCAGAAGUUCAGCCCUGGAAUUUCAUCCAAUACCUGGAAGCUGAGGGUCCCCGAGGACUUUGCAGCCGACUCCAUGGCUUUUCCAGGCGAUGGCUGAGACCAGAGAAGAACACCAAAGCCCAGAUGCUGGACCUGGUGGUUCUGGAGCAGCUCCUGUUCCUUCUGCCCCCAGAGAUGGAGGGCUGGGUGAGGGAGUGUGGAGCAGAGACCAGCUCCCAGGCGGUGGCCCUGGCGGAAGGCCUCCUCCUGAGCCAAGCGGAGGAGCAGAAGGAGCAGGUCGAGUUGCAGUGCUGCACUGUGGAGAUCAGAGAUCCUGAGGGAAAGAAGAACCCAUCAAAUCCCCCUCAGGAGCUAUUUUUCAGGAGGAUCCCUUGGGAAGAUCCAAGUCAGGACAUCUCAGGAGAGAAACAAAGAAUGAAGCUUUCUGGUUUUUAUGAUGGAAAUCAAACAGUGGUUGACCGUCCAAAUCAGCCAGGAAACAGGACGAAAAACAGAGCCAGGUCCCAAGCUCCAGGGAGAGUCUCGUGUCCUUCGAGGAGGUGGCUGUGUCUUUCUCUGAGGAGGAAUGGUCUCAGCUGGAUCCUGACCAGAAAGCGCUGCAUUCGGAAGUCAUGCUUGAAAACCAUAGGAACGUGGCCUCUCUGGGUAAUAAUGGGCAGGAGAAUCAAGAGUCCUGUGAACUGUUCCAAGUGAUCAAUGCUAAAGAUGGAACGGAGAAGUUUGGAAUUCGAAUGGAAUUCGGAAGCCAUGAGAAAAAUCAGUCAAAGAAUUGGAAUCAGGAAAGCUCAUCUUCCA